GUGCGCGCGCAGGCGCGCUGUGUGACAGGCUCCAUGUCGCGCCGGGCCCUGCGGCGGCUGCGGGGCGAGCAGAGGGGCCAGGAGCAGCCCGGCUUGGGCGAGCUGGGCCUAGAACCCGACCCCGAGGCUGGCCGAGACGGACUGGCACCGGCGCUGCCAGGCGCUGCUGGGAGGGGACGCCGCGGGACGGGCCGCAGCGGUGUCAGCAACCGGUUUGAGCUGAUCACAGCAGAGGAGUCAGAGGAUGAGCUGCUGUCCCAAGCAGAUGCCCGGCUCAGGGAGCAGGAGGCGAACGAAGGGGCUGUGGCUGAAGAGGCUGAAGGCCAUGGGCAGAAGGAUGGGGAGGAGACAGAGCAGCUGGACCAAAUGCCUGUGCUGAGUAACAAGCCACGAAAGAAGAAAAAGAAAAGGAAAACCAAGAAAACUCCAGCAGGGGACACUGUGGAAGACAAUGACCUGGAAGACAUCGACAGCCUGCUGGAGAAGAUUGAGGAGACCAAUGGUCUGUCUCAGCAAACCCAGGAUGGAAUCCUCACUGACAGCAGGCCUCUGCUCUAUGUAGAGCACAGAAACUUGAAUCCAGAGAACGAGUUGAAGAGAUACUUUGGGGCUCGCGCUGUUCUCGGUGACCAGAGGCCAAGGCAGCGGCAGCGGCAGUACGUCCGCAGCACGUGGCUCACAGCUCCCAAGAACACUUGGCCACGCUACAGCAAAACAGGCAUUGCCAUGCAGCUGUUGGACAGCAGGAGAGGGGUGCAACACUUCACCUUCGAGCACCACCGUGAGUACCAGCAAGUGCAGUUCAAGUUCCUGGAUGCCGUGGAGUCCAUGGACCCCAACAACAUCGUGCUGCUGCUGCAGAUGAACCCCUACCACGUGGACUCCCUGCUGCAGCUCAGCGAUGUGUGCCGGAUGCAGGAGGACCAGGAGAUGGCCCGUGAUCUCGUAGAGCGGGCGCUGUACAGCCUGGAGUGCGCCUUCCACCCCGUCUUCAGCCUCACCAGCGGGACCUGCCGCCUGGACUACCGCCGGCCAGAGAACAGGGCUUUCUUCCUGGCUCUCUUCAAACACCUGAUGUUCCUGGAGAAGAGAGGUUGUCCCCGGACAGCCCUGGAGUUCUGCAAGCUGAUUCUGAGCCUCGAUCCCGAGAACGACCCUCUCUGCGUGCUGCUGCUGAUCGAUUUCCUCUCCCUCCGAGCCAGAGAAUACACCUUCCUGACCCGCAUGUUCCAGGAGUGGGAGAGUCACCGGAACCUGUCCCAGCUGCCCAAUUUCGCCUUCUCAGUGCCACUGGCCUAUUUCUUCCUGAGCCAACAGGAGGAGCGCUCAGAGCUGGAGCUGAGCCAGGCCCGGGAGAGAGCUGCCCGGCUCCUCCAGCUCGCCCUCGUCAUGUUCCCAGGCGUUCUCAUGCCGUUGCUGGAUCACUGCAGCGUGCAGCCCGACGCCAGGGUCGCCUCCCAUUCCUUUUUUGGGCUGAAUGCUCAGCUCAGCCAGCCUCCUGCCUUGAACCAGCUGACCUCCCUCUACGUGGCAAGGACCCACUCGCUGUGGAAGGACCCAGCCGUCAUGGCGUGGCUGGAGACCAACGUCCACGAGGUGCUGUGCAGGGUGGAUGCCCGGGACCCGCUGGUAGAGGAGUGUGAGCACAAGAGGAAGACACAGUACCAGGGUGCACCCAGGAACAUCUACCGGCACGUCAUCCUCUCGGAGAUGAAGGAGGCCACGGCAGCGCUGCCUCUGGUGAGAGGCCCCGACAGGGCACGGGCAGUGCCGCUGCCACCCCCGCUGCGGGCACUGGGCACCUCUGAAACAACAGUUGCCAGUGAGAAGCAUCUGCCUGACCUCAGAGUAUCCUCCAUGUACACACAGCCUCCGGGGCAGCAGCCAGGGCGUGCGUGGGCAGCCUGGCUGCAGCUGGUGCGCGGCUCUGUGGUGCUCCCUGAGGCGAAGGGCUGUCGGGCUGGUCCGACCCCCUCCGUGCCUCUGUGGGUGACGCAGCCUUCACCCCUUCUUUCUCCUUCCCUCCCGCAGGAGGUGACCUCACAGCCCGUGAUGGGGUUUGACCCCUUACCUCCCCUGGACUCCAUCGUUUCCUACACCAGACCGGAGCGCACGAGUCACCCCCCCCACGAGAGCAGUUUGUCUCUCUUCUUCCGCUCGCUGCUGCCAAACUUCAACUUGCAGGUAGGUUCAGUGGCUGCCGUGGGCAGAGCAGGGUGUGUGUGUGUGUGUGUCUGCUGCUGGGGCACAGGGGGUUCAGCCACACGGGGCUCGUGCUGUGCCGAGCAUGUGCCGGUGCGCAGAGCGGCCCCCUGCCCUGUGGCAAGAGCCGCAGCCGGGCCGGCAGCUGCCUGCCCAGCCCUGCCAGCUCUGCUCUGUCGCAGGGGGACAUCAGGCACGAGGGGGACGAGGAGGCUGGAGCGGUGCAGGACCUGAACCAGGGGGUGAACAGGCUGAUGGCGGCCAUGCGGGACAUGCUGGCCAACAUCCAGUUCCAGGAGCCCCCCCGCGACGACAAUC